UAGCUGUGCUUAACUUAAAAAGGACAAGGGAUAAAACCCGGUGGGGCGCGUGCACACAAGAAAGACUCGAAUCGAAGGAGGGAUGAAAGGACGCCGACUUUGUGUGUGUACAGAGGUUUUAGUCAGCCUCUCUCUCUCUCCCUCUCUCUCUCUGGUCUUCCUAUAAAGCCACCGCGCACUCACUCCCGUCUCAGCACCUGUCUUCUAACCAUAAAGCUGGAAUAAGCCACUCCUCAUACUACAUUCUCUCCUCGGGAAUCUCAUUUCCAUCCCGCCUUAACGCCUUCGUCCGAAUCCUCCUUCACCCCCCCCCCCAAAAAACAAAAUUCCUUUUCCGCUUUUCGUGCCCUCCGUUCCAUUUUCCAGUAAACAAUACUUGAAUAUAAUGUCGCCUUAAUCCCCUUCCCCACUAGCUUCAAGUGCUUUGGUUUUACAACAAGAACGCUGGUAGGAGGAGAAGAAAUGGCCUGCAAUUCUUCGGAGGGAUUGGGUGACGAUUUUUUGGAGCAGAUCUUGGCUGUACCCCCUUCUGCUUACUCCAACAGUGACGGCUCCGCCAUGCCUCCAAUGGUGUUGCAGUUAGGCUCCGGCAGCAGUGCUGCUGCUGGCGCCGGCUUGCGCGAGUCCUUAGGCAUAGGGAGGGGCAUGCCCUUGGGCUUGAAUUUGGAGCAAGGGUUUCUCGGACAAGAUGGUAGCAGAGUACGGUACGGCGGUGAUGUUGUGGACGGCCACAAUGUAGCUAAUCGCCAUAUCCAUCUUAAUAAUUCCAACAAUACCAUCAACCCUUCUUCCUCUUCAACUUCUGCUAUCUCUGAUAGGGAAUCCUUGCAGAGGGCACAGGGCCUGUUUUCGGCGUUUGGACCGUUGGACCUUCGGCCGACGACGGUGCCAUCCCCGCCGCCUGCUCCCUCUCAACUCCCGCAUCAUCAGCCAUUUCAUAGCCAACCCCAAAUUCAGGGGCCUGUUGCUGCUGGGCCUCAACCACCUGCCAUUCGCCCUAGAGUGCGAGCAAGAAGAGGGCAAGCCACUGAUCCCCAUAGUAUUGCUGAACGGUUGCGCCGUGAAAGGAUUGCUGAUAGAAUGAAGGCUUUGCAGGAAUUAGUUCCCACCGCCAAUAAGACUGACAGAGCGGCUAUGCUUGAUGAAAUUGUGGACUACGUGAAGUUUCUCAGACUCCAAGUUAAGGUCCUCAGUAUGAGUAGACUGGGGGGAGCUGGUGCCGUAGCUCAGCUUGUUGCGGAUGUUCCUUUGUCUGCAAUGGAGGCGAGGGAGGGCGUUGACGGCGGGGGGAAUCAAGCAGCCUGGGAGAAGUGGUCAAACGACGGCACAGAACAAGAGGUUGCAAAACUGAUGGAAGAAGAUGUUGGAGCUGCCAUGCAAUUCCUUCAGACCAAGGCACUCUGCAUCAUGCCGAUAUCUCUGGCUUCAGCCAUUUUUCGUACGUCCCAAUCAGAUGCUUCUGCGCUCACCAAGUCCGAACCAAACAGCCAUUCUUAGAUUCCCACACGGGACAAGCUUGUAUCUCGUAAUUGUCUACCACGUUUCUGAUCAUGGGUCCCAUAUUAAAAAGGGCUGUUCCGCUGUCAAACUCCUUGUUGGAUGGAACUUGGAAGAGGAUGGGGCGAGCGGCGGUGUUCAUUGUUUUCAAGUUUUGUCAUCAGUCAUCACAAGGAGGAAUAGCCAUUCCAAAUAAGUAAAACCGGAGGCCAAUAAUGUUGUAGUCAUGUUCAGGAUCACAGAAUCUCUAGGCCCAAUUAUUGAUAUUGCGUUGUUAUCUGAAAUAUCAGUGGUGGGGUAGGUACUUGGCAGUACAUGACCAAAUUUUGUGGUGCGGCAUCCUUUUUCUUUGUUUUUCACUUUUUGGGCUUAGUGGAAAGGGGGACCCCUAAAAAGGACGGGAUGGGAACGCCUUUGAUGCGUCUGGAGAAAAGUUGAAUGCAAGUGGGAGCGGGGCUGGUAAAGCCGUUUGGAAUUAUCUGAUUCAUUGGAAAGGAAAAUUUUAAUCAAACGGCUUUUUUGCGU